AUGCUGCCCGUCCCGGGGGAAGGCGCCGACGAAGGUGACAGUGGGAACGAGGGCAGAAGUGGAAGCGAAGAAACCAAUGUUUGUGAGAAAUGCUGUGCGGAAUUCUUCAAGUGGACGGACUUCCUCGAGCACAAGAAGAGCUGCCCUAAGAACCCGCUGGUCUUGAUCGUGAGUGAAGAUGAGCCGGCACCACCCUCUGAAGAGUUUCCAGAACCUUCUCCGGCCAGCUCUCCCAGUGACCAGACGGAGAGCGAGGCUGCUGAGGAGGCGGCCCCCCCAGAGAACAGUGAGGGCGUUGACGUGAGGGCCCCAGAGAAGGAGGAAGAGCCCAUGGAAGAAGAACCCUCUGGAGACAAAAGCUUCCACAGCCCAGGUCCCUCGCACACGGGCAAGCCGCCGCUACCUCAGAUCCCCGAAGCGGCACCCGUGGCCGCGUACAGCAUGCCAAACACGAACGUGACGUUAGAGACCCUCCUGAGCACCAAGGUGGCCGUUGCACAGUUCUCCCAGAAUGCGAGGGCUGCAGGCAGCGUGGGAUCCAGCAGCGGGGUGACCACGGUGGCCAUCCCCAUGAUCCUGGAGCAGCUGAUGGCCCUGCAGCAGCAGCAGAUCCACCAACUGCAGCUCAUCGAGCAGAUCCGCAGCCAGGUGGCCAUGAUGAACCGCCAGCCCCUGAGGCCACCGCUGAACCCUGGGGCAGGUUCGGGGGCUCAGAAUGCCCCAGUGCCAGCCUCCAGCCAGCUCCAAGGGCUGGCCACCCAUUCAGCCCUGCAGCUCGCUGCCGGGGCCCCCUCUGUCGCCACGGCGCCAGGCCCUGCUGCCCAGCCAGUGGCUUAUGAGGGCCCCCAGCACCUGUCGCAGCCGGCAUCUGGAACAAGCACCCCACACAUGCCCGGCGGGGGCCCCUCCAUCCCUGAGUCCAGCGGGCCAGCAUCCUCCAGCACAGCCCCGGCCUCCACCGCCCCAGCCUCGGUGGCCAGUGCCUCCAGCAGCUCCUCUCAGCCGCAGAAUGCUUCCACGCCCCCUGCCCUGGGGCCUGGACCGCUGCUCAGCUCAGCCCCCAGCCUGCCAAACCCACUUCUACCUCAGACCACCGCCAGCAGCGUCAUCUUCCCCAACCCGCUGGUCAGCAUCGCGGCCACAGCCAAUGCGCUGGACCCCCUGUCGGCCCUCAUGAAGCACCGCAAGGGCAAGCCCCCCAACGUGUCGGUGUUCGAGCCCAAGGCCAGUGCUGAGGACCCCUUCUUUAAGCACAAGUGCAGGUUCUGUGCCAAGGUAUUUGGGAGCGACAGCGCCCUGCAGAUCCACCUGCGCUCCCACACGGGCGAGAGGCCCUUCAAGUGCAACAUCUGUGGAAACCGCUUCUCCACAAAGGGCAACCUGAAGGUCCACUUCCAGAGGCACAAGGAGAAGUACCCCCACAUCCAGAUGAACCCCUACCCCGUCCCGGAGUACCUGGACAACGUGCCCACCUGCUCCGGAAUCCCCUACGGGAUGUCUCUGCCUCCAGAGAAACCGGUGACCACCUGGCUGGACAGCAAGCCCGUGCUGCCCACCGUGCCCACGUCAGUCGGGCUGCAGCUCCCGCCCACCAUCCCUGGCGUCAGCAACUACGCCGACUCCCCCAGCCUCACCCCUGCAAGCCGCUCCCCGCAACGGCCCUCCCCUGCGUCAAGCGAAUGCACCUCUUUGUCCCCCGGCCUCAACAGCUCGGAGCCGGGCGUCCCAGUGACUGCAGAGUCCCCACAGCCAGUGCUCGGUGGGUCUUCUCUGACCAAAAUCGAGCCCAUGAGCCUGCCUUGCGCAAAUGCCAGGGCAGGGGACGUCCCCGCCAGCGGGCAGGUGUCCACCGCAUCCACCUCGGCCACCACUGCCCUCACGGACAGCAGCAUCUCCACAGGCCUCUGCAGCCCGGUCCUUCCUGCCACCUCUGACCAGUUCAAGGCAAAGUUUCCCUUCGGAGGGCUGCUUGACUCUAUGCAGACGUCAGAGACCUCCAAGCUGCAACAGCUGGUGGAAAACAUCGACAAGAAGAUGACCGACCCCAACCAGUGCGUCAUCUGCCACCGCGUGCUGAGCUGUCAGAGCGCCCUGAAGAUGCACUACAGGACACACACGGGGGAGAGGCCCUUCAAGUGCAAGAUCUGCGGGCGCGCCUUCACCACCAAGGGGAACCUGAAGACCCACUUCGGGGUGCACCGCGCCAAGCCACCUCUGCGCGUGCAGCACUCCUGCCCCAUCUGCCAGAAGAAGUUCACCAAUGCUGUGGUCCUCCAGCAGCACAUCCGCAUGCACAUGGGGGGGCAGAUCCCAAACACACCGCUGCCCGAAGGCUUCCAGGAUGCCAUGGACGCCGAGCUCCCUUACGACGAGAAGGCCGCGGAAGCCCUGAGCGGCUACGACGAUGACAUGGACGAGAAUUCCAUGGAGGAGGAUGCUGAGCUGAAGGACGCAGCCGGUGACCCAUCCAAGCCUCUCCCAUCCUUCUCGGGCUCCUGUCCGCCCUCCCCGCCGUCUGUCAUUUCCAGCAUCGCAGCCCUGGAGAACCAGAUGAAAAUGAUCGACUCUGUCAUGAGCUGUCCACAGCUGACCACCUUGAAGUCCAUGGAAAACGGGUCUGGGGAGAGUGACCACCUGAGCAAUGACUCCUCGUCCGCCGUGGGCGACCUGGAGAGCCGGAGUGCGGGCAGUCCGGCCCUGUCCGAGUCGUCAUCCUCCAUGCAGGCCCUGUCGCCGGUGAACAGCAACAGCGAGAGCUUGCAGUCCAAGUCCCCGGGCCUCAGCAACCAGGAGGAGCCCCAGGAGAUCCCGCUAAAGACCGAAAGGCCGGACAGUCCGCCCCCCGCCCCCGAAAACGGAGGCGCCCUGGACCUGACGGCUGCCCACCCUGGCCGGCCGGCCGUCAAGGAGGAGGCCCCAUUUAGCCUGCUGUUCCUGAGCAGAGAACGGGGUAAGUGUGACAGUGCUGUGUGUCGUGUCUGUGCCAAGCCUUUUGCUUGCAGGAGCGCGUUGGAAAUCCACCACCGCAGCCACACUAAGGAGCGUCCGUUUGUCUGUGCGGUCUGCAGGCGCGGGUGCUCCACUAUGGGUAAUUUAAAGCAGCACUUGCUGACCCACAAGUUGAAAGAGCUGCCUUCUCAGUUACUUGACCCCAACUUUGCUCUAGGUCCCAGCCAGAGCACCCCUAGCCUGGUUGCCAGCUCCACGCCCGCCAUGAUCAAAAUGGAAGUGAACGGGCACAGCAAGGCUGUCGCGCUGGGCGAGGGACCGCCGCUACCGGCUGCCGUCCAGGUGCCCGCCGGGCCGCAGACAGUGAUGAGCCCUGGGCUCGCCCCCAUGCUGGCCCCGCCACCACGCCGGACGCCCAAGCAGCACAACUGCCAGUCCUGCGGGAAGACCUUCUCCUCGGCCAGCGCACUGCAGAUCCAUGAGCGCACCCACACAGGGGAGAAGCCAUUCGGCUGCACCAUCUGCGGGAGGGCAUUCACCACCAAGGGCAACCUCAAGGUGCACAUGGGCACGCACAUGUGGAAUAACGCCCCUGCGAGGCGCGGCCGCCGCCUGUCCGUGGAAAACCCCAUGGCUCUGCUAGGUGGUGAUGCCCUGAAGUUCUCAGAAAUGUUCCAGAAGGAUUUGGCAGCGCGAGCAAUGAAUGUUGACCCCAGUUUUUGGAACCAGUAUGCUGCAGCGAUCACAAACGGUCUUGCCAUGAAGAACAAUGAGAUUUCUGUCAUCCAGAAUGGAGGCAUCCCCCAGCUGCCAGUAAGUCUGGGCGGAAGCGCCCUCCCCUCCCUGGGUUCCCUGACCGCUGGGAUGGACAAGGCUCGCACCGGCAGUAGCCCGCCCAUUGUGGGUUUGGACAAAGCAAACUCCGACACGGGAGCCAGCCGUCCGUUCACGAGGUUUAUUGAGGACAACAAGGAGAUUGGCAUUAACUAG